AUGAAGGGUGUAGACCGGAUCAGUGAUUUACCUGAUCCAAUUUUAAUUCACAUUCUGUCAUUCCUUUCUACAAUAAUUGCUGCUCGAACCUCCAUUUUAUCUACCAGGUGGAGAAAUCUUUUUACUUUAGUUUCUAAUCUCAACUUUGAAUUGGAUGGAUGUAUAUCCAGGUGGGAAAAUAGGCUGCGUCUUCGUAAGUUUAACAGCUCCACCAUUAAGAGCUUUAGGUGCUUUGUCGAUAGAGUGCUGUCUUUUCACGGUAGGACAAAUGUGGAUAAAUUCCGCCUCAAAUUCCGCCUGAAACGCGGGAAAUGCGUUGAUUCCGACAGUGCUUGUAGGUGGAUAUCAGGGGCACUUAUGCGUGGUGUCAAACAUCUUGAUUUGAACAUCUCGCUUGACAAGUUCACUUUUCCGGAUGCUCUUUUUACUUGCAGCUCAUUGGUAACUUUGAAACUGGAUAUUGUUUUAGUUUUGCAUGUUCCAGAAGACAUUCAUUUUCCAAACCUAGAGACUCUUCAUCUCAAGUCGGUUAAGUUCUUCGAUGAUAAUUCAGUUAAAAGUCUCUUCUCCAGCUGCAGUAAUCUUCAAGAUGUGGUCAUAGAGAACUGCAGCAUGAUGAAUGUAAAGAGCUUCAGAAUUUCACACCCUUUGCUCAGAAGUUUGACUAUAAUUCGCCCCUGUUAUACUUCCAAUUGUUGGUUAACGAUUGACGCGCCAUGUCUAUCCAACUUCAAAUACAUUAUUGACCAUCUAGUAGCAGGGUAUUCGUUGAAGAACCUGGAAUCUAUUGUCAGUGCCGAUAUUCAAUUCCUAAUUGAGAACGUAGAUCUUCAAGCCGAUGCAAGGCAUGCAGCAACAAUUUUUAGAGAGAUCUAUCGUGUUCGUUCACUAGUUCUGUCACUUUAUUCUCUAGAGCUUCUUUUAAGCUGUGAACCGUUUCCUGCUUUUCCUACCUUGGUUGAACUGGAGACACCUUAUGAUAAGGCUGAGCAAUUGAUGAGUUCAACAGAUAAAGGACUUGAAACUUUACUGUCACAUUGUCCUGAACUAGAAAAUCUUGCCUUCCGUCAGGAUGUUCUCAUCUCUCUGCCCGAAGAAGUGCCUUCAUGCUUGUCGUUUAAAGUCAAGGCGAUCGAAAUUUCAAACUUUAAAGAAGACGAAGAUUGUAUCCGAAAGGCAAAGUACAUCCUAGAGAAUGGUAGAGCUCUAGAGAAGUUGACAAUACGUACAUCAAUCUGUUGCCGUUUUAAUAAAUUGAAGAUUUCACAAGUGUUGUUUGCUUAUCCAAGGAAAUCUAAGCAAUGCUUUAUCUUGAUUGUUUGA